UCGAAGAUAAAAGUCAAAGAAAUGGUGUGAGAGUGAUAAGGAAAUGGUUGGAAGUUAUGCAGAAGCUUUUGCGUCGAAAUCCUUGUUCAGGAGGCCCCAUCCUCUGCUCUUCAGCUGACAUUUUAACCCCUCGUAUUUCCCUUAUCCCUACAGGGUUUAAUCCCAGCUUCCGUUAUCUAGGGUUUAAGAAAAAGAAGCCCAGUUCAUUUACACCAUUGAUGCCUUUCGCCGCCACAGGUUUCCACCCACGUACUUCCGGUAUGGCCACUGCCAUGGGCUGUAGAAGCCCUUCGUUUUCUUUUGGUAACCGUGGCACUUGCUCGAGCUCUCGUCCUGUUGCUCCUAGUUCUAACUACAAAUGUCGCCACUGCCGGUGCUCUAUUGAGAGUGCUACUACUAUUCCUGCUAGAGCAUGGGCUGUGUUUAAGGAGAAUCGAAGUGGAUCUCGUGUAGCUUGGUUUCAUACCUCUUUUUCUGAUAAGGGGGUUUCAGUUUCGGCUAUGAACUCUGAAAAUAAUAGGGACAAUCAUGGCGGGUGUUCAGAAGAAAAGGCCAUGAAAUUUAAUAGGAGACAGAGGGGUUCUCUGGGCGGUGGUAGUAAUGCUCCGCCACUGCUUCCAGGAAACCCGGGUUUGUUGACAAUUCCUGGCGUGGGGCCAAGAAAUUUGAAAAAACUUGUGGAGAACGGCAUUGGGGGUGUUGCUGAGCUCAAAAAAAUCUACAAAGACAAGUUUUUUGGGAAAUCGAAUCAGAAGAUGGUGGAAUUUUUACGGAAAUCUGUUGGCAUUAUACACAGAAACCAUGCUGAGAGUAUAACCACAUUCAUUAAAGAGAGUGUGGAUGAAGAGCUAAAGGAUGACAAUGCCAACAACGAAGCAAGGCCAGCUCAAAAGAAACGACUUACUUUUUGUGUGGAAGGAAAUAUAAGCGUGGGCAAGACAACAUUCUUGCAGAGAAUUGCUAACGAAACUCUUGAGCUUCAGGAUCUUGUUGAGAUUGUUCCUGAGCCUAUUGACAAGUGGCAGGACAUUGGACCUGAUCACUUUAACAUAUUAGAUGCUUUUUAUGCUGAGCCAGAAAGGUAUGCCUACACGUUCCAAAACUAUGUCUUUGUUACAAGAGUCAUGCAGGAGAAGGAGUCAUCCAGCGGACUUAAGCCCCUCAGGUUAAUGGAGAGAAGUGUUUUCAGUGACAGAAUGGUUUUUGUGAGAGCUGUUCAUGAAGCUAACUGGAUGAACGAGAUGGAAAUCAGCAUCUAUGACUCAUGGUUUGACCCAGUUGUUUCUUCUCUUCCUGGACUUAUUCCAGAUGCUUUUAUCUAUCUUAGAGCUAGCCCUGCUACUUGCCAUAAACGAAUGAUGCUACGCAAAAGAGCAGAGGAAGGUGGAGUCAGCCUGGAAUAUCUGCGUGAUUUGCAUGAAAAGCAUGAGAGCUGGCUUUUUCCUUUCCAAAGUGGAAAUCAUGGAGUGUUGUCUGUCAGUAACCCCCCUCCCCUUCACAUGGAUAACUCAUUACAUCCUGACAUAAAGGAUCGUGUAUUUUAUUUGGAGGGUAAUCAUAUGCAUUCCAGCAUUCAGAAGGUACCUGCGUUGGUUCUUGACUGCGAACCCACCAUUGAUUUUAGCAAGGACAUUGAAGCUAAACAGCAGUAUGCCCGACAAGUGGCCGAGUUUUUUGAGUAUGUGAAGAAAGUAAAGGAAGUUCCCGCAAAAGACGUUGAAGCAAGCAGGGGUAGCCAAUCACAGGUCAUGUUGCCUCAUGGAGGGUUAUGGGUACCGUCACAGGGGAAGAAUUUCCCGGAGUCGCUCAAAUCUUUGGAUUUUCGACGAGCCAUGUCGUUCAUGCCUGGACCUGGACCUGGACCUGGACCUGGGUAGUGGUUUGUUGAUCCAAUAUGUGUUUGCUUGUACAAAGAAUUUUUAACCAUAUUCCACAUGAGGAGCAUGGAAAAUGGAAAUUGGAAAUUGGAAAUUGGUUUAGGAUGAUUGUAGCUCUUUUGUUCAAAUUUUAAUCAAGGGCUUAUCUUUGGAAGU